AUGAAUUUUUCUCUUCGCCAGGAUGGACAGUCGGCGGCUUCUUUUUUUCCAUUUGCUUGGGCUGAUUCCGGUUUGAAGAUGUUCUUUGAAUUUGCAUUUUGGGGCUCCGCGAUGUCGUUUGCCAUUGACGAGCUCGCUAUAAAAGAUGAUCGCAAGGAAUCUUCAAGAAGCUAUUCGGCACUCAACAACUCAUACUUCCUGUAUGCAUCGAUAAAGGGAGGUAACUGGCUACUGGCCUUUCUGCGCACUCUAAACACGAUAAAAAAUAGUUUCAAGAUGGAACCUGAUGCUAAAUUAGUCACUGUUCAUGAUAAUUUAUACAAUGUAAUCGAACAAAUGACAACGGCUGACAUUGAACAGUUGAAAUUUCUAUGCUUGGGACGAAUUGAUAUUGUUCAGCACAUGGGCUAUGAUGACAAUUCAGUUAAAAAUCUUUCUGAUCAUCUGAAGAAAUAUCAAUCUAUUGCUGGUUUAGACGCCUUCAGAAUUCUGCUUUUUAAUUUGGCUGACAACCUAACAAAAGAGGAAGUAAAAAAGAUUACUUUUUAUCUUCAUGGAAAAUUAAAUUAUUCAAAAAGAAAGAUGGACAUGUGCAUCACAGGAUUUGAUCUUAUGACAGUUUUUGUAAAAGUUAACUAUGUGAGCUCCCAAAACUUACGUAACUUACAUGAUGUAGCAGACUUAUUGGUGCGUAAAGAUUUGGUGCAAAAAAUUGAUAUGUAUUCAGAUAACAACAGAAAAAUUGUUGACAUAAACAAAGGUAUCAAAACACCAGAAAACCAGAAAACCUCUAAAGAAAUCAAACCAGUAACCACUGGCAUACGCAAAGAUACCCAGCAACAUUGCUAUGAUCUAAAUAAAGUGUCCGAAUGGAAGCAACUGAUACACUUCAUACCAGAAGGAAGGCAAUAUGAAUUCUAUUUGGAAAAUUCUUUCAAGCAGCUAGGAAUAGAAAUGUCAUUGGUUCAUCAGAAUGAGGAAGGAUCUUCAUUUCCAGAGACAAAAUUAACAAAUUACGUGAUGACUUCUAAGCCACGAGGCAUCUGCUUGAUAAUCAACAAUGUAACUUUCAAAAAUUCUGAAUAUAAGGAGAGAAAAGGAUCAGAUGUAGAUAAAGACACUUUAAAGAAGGUCUUCGAAAGAUUUUACUUUAAAGUAAUUGUGGUUGAAAAUUUAGAAAAAGCAGAAAUGGAGAAGAAUUUUAAAGAGAUUGCUUCUAAAGACCACAAAGAGUAUAACUGCUUUGUUUGUUGCAUUCUUUCACAUGGGAAAGAAGGAGGUAUUUUUGGAGUGGAUGGUGAAUUGUUGACUUUCAAGAUGCUUACUUUACCAUUUAAGCCAAAUAACUGUCCAAGCUUAAAUGGAAAACCUAAACUAUUUUUCAUACAAGCUUGUCAAGGACAAAUAUAUCAAUCUGGAACCGAAGACUAUGAAACAGAUGGUGCUAAAGCUCCAUUAAUUCCUAAUGAAGCAGAUUUCUUAAUGGCUUAUGCUACUGUUCAUGGAUAUGUGUCCUUUCGAAGUAUGAGCAAAGGAUCUUGGUUCAUCCAGAAGCUGUGUGAAGUUUUCUUAAAUAAUGCUAAAAGAUUGGAUUUGAGUGACAUGCUGUUAAUGGUGAAUAAUAGUGUCAGCCAUUGUGAUGGAAACUUAAAAAAUAAUACUGUUAAACAAGUUCCAGCUCCAUUAUCCACCCUGCGGAAAAAAGUUUUCUUUUUGGCUGAUUCAGAGUGA